UUUAGAUCACGAUGAUUUAAGGGCCGAAGUCGUGGAAAUUCACUGCGAAAAUGAUCAAGAUGUUUAUGAGAUUGAUUCCUGGGAUAUGCUGUAUCUUUAUUGCAUAUUAGCGUUGGUACUAGUGGUUGGCAUAGGAACAACCUUUGAAGCUUGGGCCAGGUAUAAAACACCUGAGGAAUACGAAAAGAUUACUACGAGCACAACUAUGAGGAAAUUGUGCACGGCUUUUUCAUUGCUCAAGAAUUGGGAUCGAUUGGGAAGCGAAAUUUCUACAGAAGAUGGUAAAGCUUUGGCACCGAUCCAAGGGAUUCGCGUUCUCAACAUGUUCUUCGUGGUAACUUCUCACACGUGCAUGCUGGAACUGCACGGUCCAAUAGCAAAUCCAAGAUUCGCAGAAGACAGCACUUUGCGUACUUUAAACAUGUUCGUGAGCAACGGAAAUAUGGUCAUGCAGACGUCUUUUAUGAUAUCCGCUUGGAUGUUGAGCUACGGCAUUUGCGUUGCCUUCGAAAACAGGAAAUUCAAUUUCAAAGCCAUGAUCCAAAUUAUUGUGCAUCGCUUCAUAAGGUUGUAUCCACUCUUGAUAAUCAUGCUUGGGUUCGGUGCGACAUGGCUCAGGCACUCGGGGAGAGGGCCCAUCUUCAACGAAAUCGUCGAUUACGAGUACAGAAACUGCAGGAACAAUUGGUUACUCAAUUUGCUGUUUAUCAACAAUCUAUACAAGUCUGAACAAAUGUGCAUGCAGCAGACUUGGUAUUUGGCGGUGGAUACGCAAACUUUUAUCCUGGGGUUAUUCAUCAUGAUGGCCGUCAUCAAAAAUCCACAGCACGCUAAGAACAUUUUCGGAUCUAUAAUCUUUCUCAGCAUAUGCAUCACCUUCAUCCAACAUUAUUACAACGCCUACGAUAUUCUCUUCAGAUCUUAUCCAGAAAUCUUAUACAGCAUGUACAUGAAGUUGCCACAAUGGCACACUAUGUUCAUAGGGACGCAGCACCACAUCCCUUGCUACGUCCAAGGAUUGGCCUGCGGUUAUUACUUCCACAAGAUUCGGAAGGAGAAGAAAACCAUCGUCUUAAAAAAAGGCGUUUACUUCCUCCUGCUAUGUUACAUGUGGAUAGGACCGAUAUUCACAAUACUAAUUGCAGCCGCUUUCUAUCAAGACGGUUUCGAAGCUUCCAGAUGGUUCGCCGCGUUCUACCAUGCCAUCGCCAAAUACUCUUUCGGAUUACCCAUCAGCAUAGCAAUAUUCACCUUUACAUUCGGAAUUGGAGGUCCGAUGAUUAACGUUAUCAACUGGAAACCAUUCCACGUCCUUGGAAGAUUAUCGUUCGGAGUGUACCUGUCGCACGUACAUAUCUUAAGAAUGAAUCGAGCUAUCAAUAAGACUCUUAGUUUUAUUACGGAAAGACUCUUGAUUCGCUGGAUGUUGGGUGACGUAAUGCUAUGUUACAUCGUAGCAACAGUAAUUUGCCUGUUCGUGGAAAUGCCGACUUCUGCCUUGGGUCCUGUCGACGCCGUUUACCAGUCCUGUUUGAAACCGGACUAA